AUGGGUAAUUCCGAGGAGGACUGGCUCACGAUCAACACGAUCCGCACCCUAGCGGUCGAUGCGACCUUUCAUGCCAACUCAGGUCACCCUGGAGCCCCAAUGGGCAUGGCACCUGCGGCCCACAUUCUCUUUACCAGGUUCAUGUCCUUCAACCCCAAAAAUCCUCACUGGGUGAACCGCGAUCGCUUUGUUCUCUCUAACGGCCAUGCAUGCAUGCUUCAAUACGCCCUCCUCCAUUUGUUCGGGUAUAACCUGAGUAUGGCCGAUUUGAGAAACUUCAGGCAACUACACAGUAUCACCCCUGGUCACCCGGAGUCUCAUGCAACCCCCGGCAUCGAAGUGACGACAGGUCCAUUGGGCCAAGGCUUUGCGAACGCCGUAGGUCUUGCGAUUGCGCAAGCACACCUUGCCAGCGUCUUCAAUAAGCCUGGGUACAACCUGAUCAAUAAUCGCACUUUCUGCUUCUUUGGUGAUGGCUGCGCCAUGGAGGGUAUUGCUAGUGAAGCAGCUUCGCUUGCAGGCCACUUGAGGCUUGGCAACCUGGUCUGCCUCUAUGAUGAUAAUAAAAUCUCCAUCGAUGGAGAUAUCAAGUGUACCUUCACCGAAGACGUUCAGAAGCGUUUCGAAUCCUAUGGCUGGCACGUGGAAGUAGUGCCGGAUGGUGAUACCAAUCUGGAUGCAAUCGAAGCAGCUAUCCAGAAGUGUCUGAAUGUCACUGAUAAGCCCUCGGUUGUCAAGGUGGCUACCACUAUUGGUUUUGGCUCAAAGCUUCAAGGCACAGCUGGCGUUCAUGGCAAUCCCCUUACAAAGGAUGAUGUGGAACAGGUUAAGAAGCUAUUUGGCUUUGAUCCUGCCCAGACAUUCAUGGUCCCACAGCAGGUUUAUGACCUCUAUCAUCAACAUGCUGAUGAGGGUAUGGCUCAAGAGCAGGAAUGGACCGAGACACUUGCGAGAUAUGCGGAAGCAUAUCCAGCUGAACAUGCGGAGCUGACUCGACGAAUGGAAGGCAAGCUUGCUGAUGGAUGGGAGAAUGGCCUCCCUUUAUAUACUAUCAAGGAUGCUGCUAUCGCGUCACGAAAACUAUCAGAGACUGUCCUUGAGAAAAUCCAUAAGCUCGUGCCUGAAUUAUUGUCUGGUUCUGCUGACCUGACAAGUUCUAAUAACACUCGCUGGAAGGAUGCAGUUGAUUUCCAGCCUCCUGAGUAUGGGAUUGGCGACUGGUCUGGUCGGUAUCUCCGCUAUGGAGUUCGCGAGCACGCAAUGGCUGCAAUCAUGAACGGCCUCGCGGCAUAUGGCUUGAUCAUCCCUCUCGGCGGCGGGUUCUUGAAUUUUGCCUCAUAUGCUGCCGGAGCCAUCCGCCUAGCUGCAUUGAGCCGCCUUCGAGUGAUUCACAUUGCGACCCAUGACUCUAUCGCUCUUGGCCAAGAUGGCCCGACCCACCAGCCGAUUGAAGUGCUCGCCCAUUUCCGUGCUCUCCCCAACUGCAUGGUCUGGCGCCCUGCUGAUGGCAAUGAGACUAGUGCUGCCUACCUUGCUGCGCUGGGGUCCAAGGAGACUCCGAGCAUUCUCGCUCUCACUCGGCAAAACCUGCCUCAGCUGCCGGGAUCGUCGAUUCAGAAUGCUCUGAAGGGAGGAUAUGUUGUGCUGGAAAACCCCCAGGCGGUCAUCACUCUCGUUUCGACGGGAUCGGAGGUCAGUGUCUGCCUCCAAGCCGCCGCGGAGCUGUCGAAGCAAAACCUUCCGGCCCGCGUCGUGUCGAUCCCAUGCUUCGAAGCCUUUGAUUCGCAGGAGGAAUCAUACCGACUCCAGGUGUUGCCGGAUGGAGUCCCGAUCCUAUCGGUCGAGGCCGCAUCCACCAUGGGCUGGGACCGGUACGCGCACCAGCAAUUUGGCAUCAACCGUUUCGGUGCUUCGGGGCCUUGCGAUGAGCUCUUCCAGAUGUUCGAACUCACACCGGAGGGUAUCGCGAGGCGCGCGGUCGCGACGGUCUCUUUCUACGAGGGAGCUGCUGUCUUGUCGCCUAUUAGACGUGCGUUUGCGCAGAUUUUGUGA